AUGGUCGGCGGCGCUUUGGAGUCGAGUGUUUCCAAUCUUAAAAGUAACUGUUUAAAGAAUUUUAUUCAAGACUUAAAUAUGGAUGAUCAUAAUCAUAUGAACAUGGACCACUCUCAGCACCAUGGCAAUCACAUGAGGCAAAGUGACCCUCUAAGGGAUCACCAAAAUCAUCUAAUGAAUGAUACUUUGGAAAGAGCUAAAGAUGAUCAUUAUCAUAGAGAGCAUAAUACUGGAAGCAUCAGUGCUCACCACUCCACUCAUGGAAUGUCUAUGACAUUCCAUGGAGGCUAUGCAGAAACUAUUCUUUUUUCUUGGUGGAAUGUAGCAGACAUGGGAGAAUUCAUUGGAUCAUUUUUAGCGAUAUUUAUAAUGGCAUUACUUUAUGAAGGGCUAAAGUAUUACAGGAAACAUUUACUAUGGAAAACAUACACAGGAUUACAGUAUUGUGCUGUAGCACCCCCUGAUAAGGGUGUAUCAAAUAUUUGUGCUGCAGAUGAACCUCAAGUUAUACAGUCCAUGCCUCAUGUACUGGAGAGGAAUAUUCCCACCAUGAUGAGUGCAGCUCAUGUGUGGCAAACAGUGCUACAUGGGAUACAAGUGCUUAAUGUCACAAGAGAUCUCCUGUGGCUUGGAAUAUGUGGCCACACCAGAUUUACAGAGUCCGCGGUAGUUCGUCAGCGACAUGAGGAUUGUUUAAAUGAGGAACUGUCACACUGUCGAGGUCUAGGUGUUCCUGCCAUAAUGUUGUCUUUACGUUCUAGACGCACUAAUAAUUUGACUAGAAUUCUUCAAACUUAUUAUGAAUCCAGCUAUCACCCUUCCCUCAUUUGGGCUUCAGUACCCAUGGUUUGCUCUUAUACUGCGCGCUGUAAUAAACAAGCUGAGGAUGAAGAAAAUGAAGAUGCUUGGAAUGAGACAUGGCAUUGGUGGUCCAAAUUUCAUGAGAGAUUAGAUUGGGAUAAAAGAGUUGGUGUAGUUUUAGAAUUGUCUGCAGACUUACCAUCCCAAAAAAUAUUGAAAAGGUGGCUUGGGGAACCAGUGAAAGCUAUUGUGGUGCCAACAUCUAUUUUUCAUAAUAACAAAAAGGGAUACCCAGUAUUGUCAAGAGCACAUCAGCAAUUAGUUAUUAAUAUGGUUGAGCAUGAAGCUCAAGUAAUAGUUAGUGGAGCAAGAAGAUCUAACAUUGAAUACUAUUUACAGUAUUUAUAUCGGCUAUGGCAGAGGAGGCCUUAUAAAGCUGAUGACCCUAUGCUCAGUUAUGCCAGAGGGUGGGAAGAUUAUCUUCAGACACCCUUGCAACCUCUUGCAGACAACUUGGAUACGCAUACAUACAAUGUCUUUGAGAAAGAUCCUGUAAAAUAUGAUCAGUAUCAAAAAGCUAUCACUCAGGCUUUAAUAGACUUAAGACAAAAGAGGCAAAUUAAAGAGAGUGCUGAAGUCUUAAAUGAUCUCUGUAAUGAAGUUAGUGAAUUUUCCGUAUCCAAUGAUAAAAAAGAAAUUGGACAAGGUGACAAUCUUGUGCAACAAAAAGAACCUGUAACAAUAAUGGUUUUAGGAGCUGGAAGGGGUCCUCUUGUAAGAGCUACAUUAAAUGCUGCUGACAUUACACAAACUAAAGUUAAGGUAAUAGCAGUUGAGAAAAAUCCAUGUGCUGUAGUGGUUCUAGUUGCUCAAGUCCGUGAAGUAUGGAGAGAUCGAGAUGUUAUAGUAAUACCUGGUGAUAUGAGGCAUAUAAAUUUUUCUCCAAAAGCUGAUAUAGUUGUCUCUGAGCUUUUAGGUUCAUUUGGCGAUAAUGAACUUUCUCCUGAAUGCUUGGAUGGAGCAGCAGGCCUUUUAAAACCCGAUGGCAUAUCUAUACCUAAAGAAUACAAUUCUUAUGUUGCACCAAUAUCUUCACCUCGACUAUGGGCUGCAGCAAAGGCAGCAUCUGCUACACCAGCACAACAUAAGAACAAAAACCUAGAGACAUUGUGGGUGGUGUAUAUGCAAAAUAAACAUGACAUUGCUGAAACUAAGCCUGUGUUUACCUUUAAACAUCCAGCUAAAGGUACAAUGGAUUAUGAAGGGGAGGAAGUAACUGAUUAUAGAGGGUUGCCUCUAACAGAUAAUAGAAGUUUUUAUACCAAUCAAGACACCUUUAAGGGUAAA